GGUGUAGGAAUCAAUACUGAAUGGGGAUUGUUGAUGGCGAGCAUAUCAGAGGAUACCGGUGAAGAAACUCCGUUGCAGGUGCGCUUGAAUGGGGUUGCCACCUUUAUUGGCAUUGUUGGCCUUGCUGUUGCACUCUUUGUGCUCACUGUUCUUUUGUGCAGGUUCUUCACUGGAAAUACCAAAAAUCCAGAUGGGACUACGCAGUUUGUCCAUGGAAAGACCAGUGUUAGUAAAUCAAUUGAUGGAGUUGUACAUAUCAUCACUGCAGCUGUAAGCUCUUGCCCUUUAGGCUUUGUUUUGGUCAUGAACUGUAACGUUGUGGAAACCUUUUGUUUCACUGCUCCUAGGUACUGUCAUUCAGAAACCUUUUGUUAAUAUAGCACAAAUGUGGACAAGUGUCAUGUCCAAUGAGGAUUACUGACA